UUUCACUGGAAUACGAAUCGGAAUCUUCUACCAGUUCCGAACUCGUGUUGUCUGGUGAAACAUCUAAGCGUGAUACCGUUCGACCGUGCCCCGUGGAACCUACUACUGUGACUCUGACUCACUCUGGUCACUUUCUUUCUUCGGUGUAUUGUUCUCCCCAUUGUGCGGAGGAGGAAGUUUAGCCGUUUGGGUUGGGUUGGGCUAGCGCAGGUGGAAGGCUAUCGAGGAAAAAACGGUACCCUCGGUUUAUGUGAUUCAUAUCUUCUAGAUUGAAACGUGUUUAGGUGAAUUGAUGAAAAGACAGGAAACGUUGCGGAAGACCACACUGUAAGGGAGAUAUUGCAAGAUUGGGCCCGAGGGCUGCGACGAAAGUUCGAGUGGGGCUAGUUCCUUGGAAUUCUGUGACCCGGCGCCUAACGUGUGUCAUCAGAUUGCAGCAAAGGAUUAGUAGGGGUUGAAGAAGUAAAGAACGAAGAGCUCGGGCUGUGACCAGUUUCCGGGUGAACCGAGUGAGUGUGGAAAAAUUUUCGCCUCAAGGAUAACUACAGCAGGAAUCGAAGACGUAUCGAGAUAAAAUCGAUUUGUAAUGUGAUUACAAUUUCCGUUCUUUCUCGCCUUUGCAGUAAUAUUGGUGUGCAUUGUUGAAUCGAUCCAGCCGAGGAUUUUUUUGUUCUAUUUUCUAAUUCAUUUUGUUAGUUUCUUCUUCUGGCUGACUGGUUGGAUGCGCUGUAGUUGAGUGGAGCCUGUUACGAGGCGAAGAAAAGUGCAAGAAUAGGAAAAGCUAAAACAAGGAAAACACAGUGACGAGAAAAUCGAUUUCACGGAUCGUGUGUUUCGAAUAGUAAAAAAAUUACAACACAACUGUGCAGUGACAUACAGCUAUUGUCAAUAGAGUUUGAAGUGGUUCUCACAUAGAAUAGUGAAAAUGAUGUCCCGGUGGCUAGCGGCGUUGGCGAUAUUCGUCGUGACGUGGAGUACAACCCAUCAAGUUCAGGCUGCCUCUCCGCGGUGGGAACCACAGAUAUCAGUGUUGUGCGAAGCCGGUCAGACAUAUCACCCGCAGUACCUCUCAGAGGAGGGUAGAUGGUCGACGGACUUGAGCAUCAAAGUGCCCGGUUCGACGUGUUUGCGGGAUAAGAUGGAUCUACUAGACUACUGUAAAAAGGUCUAUCCAGGUCGAGAUAUCACGAAUAUCGUCGAAUCGUCUCACUAUCAGAAAAUCGGUGGCUGGUGCCGACAAGGUGCACUAAACUCAGCCAAGUGUAAAGGUGCUCAGCGGUGGAUCAAACCGUUCAGAUGUUUGGGUCCUUUCCAGUCAGACGCUCUUCUGGUGCCCGAAGGAUGCCUGUUCGACCACAUCCACAACGCGUCCCGGUGCUGGCCGUUUAUCAGGUGGAACCAGACCGGCGCUGCCGCAUGCCAGGACCGAAACAUGCAAAUGCGAAGCUUCGCCAUGCUGCUGCCCUGUGGAAUCUCGCUCUUCUCCGGCGUCGAGUUCGUGUGCUGCCCGAAGCACUUCAAAGUUCCGAUGAAAGUGAAAAAGACCGACCUUCCGGUACUGCCUCAGGAAACUGAAGUUCUCCCAGCAUUAGAUGAUGCGGACGCUGACAACUCAGAGGAUGAUGACGACGAGGACGAUAUUGACGACGACGAGGAUGAAGACAUGCUGGGAGAUGAACCAAUUGAAAGCGAAGAUGAUGAAUACGACUCCGAAGAAGAUUUUGACGCUGACAAGGAACCGGAUACUGGGUCAGCAGCUUGGGAUAGCUUCAGCACACCUAUGCCACUGUUCGCCAAGGAAAAGAAGGACAUCUAUACAACAACGGCUUCCAGCACCACUGAGAAGCAAACCGAAAUCCCAACAACACCAAUAACCGCCAUUCCGACUCCAGACCCGUACUUCACUCACUUCGACCCACGAUAUGAACACCAGAGCUUCAAGAGUUUGCACGCUGAAUUUCAGGAAGCGCAGCAGCGGCUUGAAGAGAGCCAUCGUGAGAAGGUCACCCGUGUGAUGAAGGACUGGUCCGACCUGGAAGAAAAGUACCAAGACAUGCGCCUCGCUGACCCCAAAACGGCUCAAACUUUCAAACAACGCAUGACCGCGAGGUUCCAGACUUCUGUGCAGGCACUGGAAGAGGAAGGCAACUCGGAGAAGCAUCAACUGGCGGCAAUGCACCAACAGCGAGUCCUGGCCCACAUCAACCAGCGCAAACGGGAAGCGAUGACGUGCUACACCCAGGCACUCACCGAACAGCCACCAAACGCUCAUCGUGUCGAGAAAUGCCUCCAGAAGCUGCUGCGUGCCCUCCAUAAGGACCGUGCCCAUGCUCUGUCUCACUACCGUCACUUACUGGGCUCUGGAGGAGCAGGUGGACUGGAAGCGGCGGCCUCCGAGCGACCGCGAACUCUCGAGCGUCUCGUUGACAUUGACCGCGCCGUCAACCAAUCCAUGUCGAUGCUGAAGCGUUACCCAGAACUCUCCACCAAACUGUCCCAGCUGAUGGACGACUACAUUCAAGCACUUCGCUCCAAGGAUGAAACCCCUGGUUCAAUGCUUGCCAUGACGGAAGACGCCGAGUCGGCCAUCCUCGACAAGUACCGCAUGGAAAUCGAACGCAAGGUCAGUGAAAAGGAACGCCAGCGACUUGCCGAAAAGCAACGCAAGGAACAGCGAGCCCAAGAACGGGAGAAGAUUCGCGAAGAAAAGCUACGCUUGGAGGCCAAGAAGAUGGAAGCUGCCUACAAACAACAGCAGCAGCAGAUCCAGCAGCAGCAACAACCAUCGCAACAGCCGCAACCGCAACAACCACAGCCACAACAGCAACAGCAACCUCAGCAGCAGCAACAACAGCAACAACAACAGCAGCAGCAGGUUCAAACGCAGGUUCCAGUUUCGGAACAACCGCAGACUCAGAAACAGGUCGAGUUGGAAACUCAAAAGGACACCGAAGCUACGCGGGACUACACCGAGGAGGCUACCAUCUCUAACAGUCCCCAAUCGACCGCUCUGCCGACGGUCGACGACGAAGCAGUGCAGCGUGCCGUCGAAGAAGUAGCGGCCGCGGUUGCGCAUCAAGAAGCGGAGCCCAAAAUGCAGCAUAUACUGUCCCACGACACCGGGCACAGCGAGCCGACCUACUCGGUACGGCGAGAAAUCUACGGUCCUAACGGCCGAGAGAAUCGAAACGUGUACUUCACCCUGAUGUUCGCUGGCGUUGCCCUAAUGGGCGCCGUGUUCGUCGGCGUUGCCGUCGCCAAGUGGAAGGCUUCGCGAUCACCACAUGCUCAAGGAUUCGUCGAGGUUGAUCAGGCCGUGGGACAACCGAUCACGCCGGAAGAGCGACACGUGGCCAACAUGCAGAUCAACGGAUACGAAAAUCCGACCUACAAGUACUUCGAAGUGAAGGAAUAAUUUGUGAACGGUGUUGCAAGCCUACAGGCCAGAGGCACUCAUUUGAUGAAAAAUGAUGAAAUUGUGUGAAAUCGUUUUCAACGGACACCGGUUGAAUACUAGCUGUGAACGUUGACAAAUCUUGAAGAAUCUGUUUGGGAGGAAAUGGAUUUUCACAUUAUUACGUUUGAUCUCAGUUCAAAGACGCUGCGAAGUGGGAGAGUUCCCGAGAAGAAGGAAGAAACAACUAAUAAAAUGUUGAUUUGUGACUAUGACGCAAAACAUAAGCAAAGUUAAGUAAGAUUACGUAAGGUCAGUAUUUUGCUUUUGAAAGUAUGGAUUUUAUUUUAUAUGGAGGGAAGUACUAAACUAUCGUUAAAUAGUGUGAUUGUAACUGUAUAUUUGCCCGCUAGAUACUAAUUUAUAAGAGCAUGAAAAAGGAGAAUGGGAGAAGCAGAUUGAAAAAAGUCAUACAGAAGGAUGCUGUCGUUACCAGAAAAAUAUAUAACCACAUCAUCACCAAUUUGGGCGAUUCUUUAAACUUACAACACUCACAUACACGUUUAGAAGUAACAUACUUCAUACUUUUUGUUUUGUUCUGGCACAUCCUCUUGCAUAGUAGCUGCGAACGAGGGUUUAAAAAUGGACAGCUUGCUCUGCGAACUAUUAGAACGCCGCGCAGAAUCCCUCUUCAUCCCUCACACAUAGUUAGAUAGCUAAGUAGCUAAUUAGUUAUUAUUACAAAGAAAACAUGACAAAGCAAAAAAGAACAAAAAACAAUAAUUGUAAGUAACAUAGCUUUUUUGAUCAGUGAACCGGAAAAAAUGGUAAUAGAAAAACUAUCAAAAUAUAUAUAUUUUUUGUAACAAGCCUGCUAUACGCUUUGAAAUUUCAUAUUUAUAUAAUCUUAACAAUAAUAAAGGGUAAACUAUAUAUUUACAACAACAAUAAGACACUCACUAUCACAUGCUUCAAGACAAACAAUAAUUUCGAGGCUUUUGGGUUUUAUUUUCCUUCGACAGUUGAACACUCACUUAAAGCAAGUAAAAAAUUGCUAGGCAGCAGGUAAAAAAAAACAAACCACACUCAAACACUAUAGAUGUCGUCCUCGUUGUGUAGACACAAGGUGUGUAAAAUCCAAACAUCGUAGCCCAUGAGAUGUGUGUACCAAUUAAAGAGCUUCUUCCGAGAAACAAUGUAGCGAGCAGUAGAGACUUUUGAUCAACAUAAACCACAGCAGAACAACACAAAGCAAAACAACAUCAAUCAUGCAAAGUAUCGCAAAGAAAUAAAAUGUGCAUCCUGAUAAUUCAAAUUCGUCCAUUUUUGUAGACUUUUGCGAGCGCGUAAUUAAAUGUAAGAGAAACUAAUGAGAAAACAAAUGUCAUGUUGCCCCCAUUUUCAGCUGUAGAAUCAACCAAAUUACUCAUUCAGUGUUGCCAGAAAUGCUUGUGAUGAAUUUAAAACGCUUAGCGCUCUAUCUAUUGUUUCGGUGCACUUUUCUGACAAAGAAAAGUGAUUCACUCUCACAUGAACACGUCACACAACGGUAAAAUUUAUUUCGCGAUGAUCACACAAAUUUAACCCAGAACACUUCAGUGAACCCGAACCGGUUAUUUCUCACAUUAAUCUUCACACGCUGAUUGGGAAAAACAUAAAAUCUAUGUAAAAAUGAAUUUGAUAUUAAUAGAACACUAAAAUUAACAAUAAUGACUAAAAGUAUUUAAAACAGAAGGCAGAAUACCGUAGAUUAUAUAUCAUGUAUAAGUAUGUAAUGAGGAUAUUUAUACAACACGUAUAAAUGUAACAAUGUAAACAUUUACAUAAUAGUUUUAUUAGGGACUAAACAAUGCGUCACUUAAUUUCAUUCAACAAGUCAACAUUAUCUUUUUUUCUGAUUUAAGUUACAACAUAAGUUAAUUGAAUACUCUACUUGAAGUUACGAUAAAGAAAACAUCUAGUCUCAACUAUAAUGUUGAAUCAAUAUAAACUAAAGAAUAAUACAAAACAAAAUAAAACGUGCAGAACGGUAAUGCAAAACUUUCUUGAACUUUGAUACCGAAGAGAAGCAAAAAAAGUUUAUCACAAAAAGCGCUUAGUUUGACACGAUUGCUAUCCACUAAACUACUCAAGUAAAAGCAACAAUUAUAUCAGCAAAGUACACGCUAAAUCAAAAUGUAACCGCUCGUUUCUUCAUCAGUUCGUUUUCCAAAACAAGAAUAUUACUCAAAACUAUUAUAUAUGAACAACUUUUUUAAGAAAUAAAACAAGAUAAAAGACACUAAAUGUUGCAAGGCGAAAGAUGCAGAACAUCCAACUACAUUGUUGUCAGAGAAGAAAAAAUGGAAACAAUACUCAUGCAUGGUAUGAAACAAAAUUAAAACAAAGAAAUCUCAAUCGUUUUGUGUGCGACAUUUAGACAGAAAACCAUUUGUAUUAUCAAUGAAAGCCACCAGAUGGAGCUGAAAAACAAUUGAUUGUUACUCGUAAGUGUAAUGAUCGAUUACUAGAUGAAUACGUCCCAUUGUCGUUACAAUUCAGGAAAGGAACACAAACUAACAACAAGUCGGAACGCCACACAUCCAAAACUCCACACAUUUCCAGUGAAUUCGAUUUUGUUUCCAUUGUUCAAAAGUAACUCUCUCAGCAAACUGCACAAUAAUUUUAACACACAUUAAUUUAUGGUUGAAGAAAAUCUCGCUGACUGUACCGAAUCCGAGGCAAGCAAUUACCUUUUUUUCAAUUCCUGAAAUGAGAAUGCUUCUGACAGAACGUCCCAGCGCUUCGUUGUUGGACAUAUUUCAGUUUCCGUUCGAUCGUCAGCAUUGGGCGAUCGUUUACCAACUAUGCAAAAACACAAUGACAGCAACUAUUCCAUGUAAAUCUUAAAGGAGAGCGAGUGUACCAGCAGCGGUUCAUCCGAACAACUGAAAUACCUAUUGUUUCUAAUCUAUAGAGCCAAGAAAACCAGAACAAAAAAAAAAUCGUCCCAAAAAUCUGUUUGUAGAAUGGAAGAUAGCGCCGGGAAGAUGGCAAACGAGAAGAAGAAGAAGAACGAUGUGAAGAUUCGGCAAAAGCAAACCGAGCGAGUCGAUGAUGCUCUAAAACCAAGCAACACUAAUAAUUUGAAGGAGGGUAAUAAAAUAUGAGAUAACAAUA